AUGGCGAGCUUGGUGCCAUGCCGCCGGUUUAUAGCGCUGUACGGUGGUACGGUGCCAGCAAAAGGCUCAUCGGAAAAGGUGGCGGACCGCUUUGGUGAGGCGGGGUAUGACACUGGAGCUUCCACCAGGGAUGGUGAGGCCGAGAAGAAACUUGAGAAUGGCAUGGAUUCGGUGAUACUUCCCCUGGAGCUCUACAGCGUGAGGGAGCGAGGGAGAGAGGAGUGCGCCAUUUGCCUUGGGCAUUUUGGCGAUGGGCAAGAGGUGAAUGUGUUGCCCAAGUGCAAGCACUUCUACCAUCGCGACUGUAUCUCGAUGUGGCUCUCCAAGAAACACACUUGCCCGAUUUGCCGCUGUAGCGUCUGA